AUGGAAAAUUCAAAAUCAGAAAUUCUUCAUUGGAUCAAUGCCCUUCUUAAAACAAACUUUACCAAAAUAGAACAACUGGGCAAUGGAGUGGCAUACUGCAAACUAUUAAAUAUGAUUGAUCCAACUUGUUUGAAUCCUUCUAAAAUAGUACUAAAAACUAAAACACAAAUUGAUCACAUCAGCAAUCUCAAGCUCUUCCAAAAUGCUAUGUAGAAACUUCACAUGAAGAAGCAAUUUGAUAUUGACAAAGUUAGCAAAUGUUACUUCCAUGAAAAUUACGACCUAGCCUUGUUUUUAAAGAAAUAACACACCUUGAGAUUUGCUGGCAUAAAUAAAGAAAACACAUCCAUCAACAAUUCCAUUAUCUAUGAAAAUCACCCGAAUAUUCUUGAAGAGCAACAAACUACUAAUAAUGCCUUGCUCACCUAAAUAGCAUCUAUUAUGCAGACUACAGAUUUAGCUGAAUCCAAGGUGUUAUAAACAAUCAAUUUAUUGAAAUCACAUAACAUUAUUAAUUAAAGCACUCACUUCAUCGAAAAUAAUACAAUGUAUGAUAGUACCAACAAUAUAUUUAACAUGUUUAACAACUCUAAUCAAAAUGUAUUUAAUACAGACAAUCUAUUCAAAACAGAUUCAAAAAAUAAACAAUCUCUGGAAUAGUAAAACAAUUUACUUUGUGAAACUCCAGAAAUGCUUCUUGAUCCUCAUCAGAACAAUGAGGAUAUAUUUGAACACUAAUCUUCAUCCAAAUUGAUAAUGAAAAUCUAAUCAUAAUCAAAACUUUAAUUGGAAAUUAAGAAGGAAACCCCAAAUUUUUGUGAAUCUCCAUUUAUUCAACAACCACAACAAAAUAGUCUUGCUGAAUUCAUCAAAUCAGAAAGCAAAUAGUAAUAACAAUACAUGCAAUAAUACUCAAUGCAAAAGUAAUUGCAAAUGUAAAAUCAAAUAAAUAAUAACCCUCCACAAGAAUAUCAAUCCCCAUUUAGAGAUUAGGUCAUUUAAUAGUAGUUGUCUUAAUAGAAGGAAAUAUUCAAUUAGACUACAAAUCCUUAAGUGUUUUCCUCGUACAAAAAGGAAACCCCUUAAAAUAACAAUUCUAUGUUCUAUUCCUGUAAGGAUUAAGGAGCAAUAAUUGAAGAAUGA